AUGUCGCAAGAGUUUAUAGAAGACCAUUCACGUACAGGAUCCUCAGACGACGAGGAUAGUGGGGCAUAUGACGAGUGGAUCCCGUCAUUUUGUUCCAGGUUUGGCCACGAAUACUUUUGCCAGGUUCCCACCGAGUUUAUCGAGGAUGACUUCAAUAUGACCUCUUUGUCCCAAGAGGUGCCCCACUACCGUAAAGCCCUGGAUUUGAUAUUGGAUUUGGAGGCCAUGAGUGAUGAAGAAGAAGAAGAAGAAGAAGACGUGGUAGAAGAAGAGGAAGUGGACCAGGAAAUGCAAAGUAAUGACGGCCACGAUGAUGGCAAGAAGAAAAACAAGUCCCCCGUGGUGAACAAAAGCAUUAUCGAACAUGCAGCAGAACAGUUAUACGGUUUGAUCCACGCAAGGUUCAUUCUGACCAAGCCAGGUCUGCAAGCGAUGGCUGAGAAGUUCGAUCACAAGGAGUUUGGAACGUGUCCCCGUUACUACUGUAACGGCAUGCAAUUACUGCCUUGUGGGCUAAGUGAUACAGUGGGGAAACAUACCGUGAGAUUGUAUUGUCCUAGUUGUCAGGACCUGUAUCUGCCUCAAUCAUCUAGGUUCCUGUGCUUGGAAGGUGCAUUUUGGGGGACGAGUUUCCCUGGUGUGUUCUUAAAACAUUUUAAAGAGCUGGAAGAAUAUGUAGAAAGAAAAAGUAAAGAAUCCUAUGAAUUGAAAGUCUUUGGGUUCAGGAUAAAUGACGAAGCCGUAUCUGGUCCCAGAAUGAAGUGGUUGAGACAAUACCCAUCCACAGAGGAAGACUGGGAAGAGUUCUCAAAAUGCGAAUUCGAGACCCCAGCAGUUUAA